AUGGAGGAAAGGCACGCCCAUGUCUCCGCGAGUGGAAGCAAACUUGAAAUGCAGGUCGAGCCUGAUAUCGCAUCUACUGGAAAUGAAAAGGAAGAGCCGCGUCGUCAACUUCAUGGAUGGAAGUGGGCGAUUGCGUAUACUGCCAUGUUGUUCACGACAUUUCUCUUCGCCCUCGAUAAUACUAUCGUGGCAGAUAUUCAACCAUCGAUUAUCGAUGACUUUGGCGAGAUUGAAUUACUUCCGUGGAUCGGAGUUGGAUUUGCUCUCGGUUCAAUGUUUAUUCUCCCCUGGGGAAAGAUAUAUGGCGUGUUCAAUAUCAAAUGGGUGUAUUUGGGCAAUAUAAUUCUGUUCGAAAUUGGAAGCGCAAUCUGCGGUGCUGCACCCAAUAUGACAGCAUUGAUUGUCGCUCGUGUUAUUACUGGUAUUGGUGGCUCCGGCAUGUACGCCGGCACAAUGAUGUAUGUCUCUGUCACAACCUCCCUAAAGGAGAGAGCGAUGUAUAUGUCGGGAAAUGCUGUUAUGUGGGGUGUGGGUAGUGUUUUGGGCCCGGUAGUCGGCGGUGCUUUCGCUACGAGCAGCGCGACCUGGCGAUGGUCCUUUUAUAUUAAUCUUGUCAUUGGCGCCGUCUUUGCUCCGGCAUAUCUGUGGCUGCUUCCAAAAAUUGACCCUCAACAAGGCAAAUCCUUCAAGGAAAAGUGCAGAAUGAUCGACUGGAUCAUGACUGUAGUAUUCCUAGCUGGGUGUGCUUGCUUCACGAUGGCAAUAAACUUCGGUGGUGUCAUUUACGCGUGGAAUUCUAGCCCUGAAAUUGCUCUGUGGGCCGUGACCGCUAUCCUUUUGGUCGCCACGAUCUUUUUGAUGCAUUUCCACCCAGGAGUGACUAAAGAGAACAGACUUUAUCCAGCUCAUUUCCUAAAACGUCUGAUCCUGGUAAACAUGCAACUUCAAAUAUUUUUAUCGUCCGGAAUCAUCCUGACGAUGACCUACUACAUUCCCCUUUUCUUCCAAUUUCUACGGGGAGAUGGCCCUCUCGACGCUGGAAUUCGCUUGCUUCCAUUCAUUGUCUCUAUGGUGGUGCUAUCGCUAUUGAAUGGAGCCCUAAUGCCAAGGUUGUCCUAUAUAGGUCCAUGGCACAUUCUGGGUAGUGCUCUAGCCAUUAUUGGCUCUGCUCUGAUGUACACGGUAAACGAAAAUUCAUCCAACGCAAGUAUAUAUGGGUACACUGUUCUGGUUGGAGCUGGUGGGGGCUGCUAUAUUGUUGCCGGCUUCGCUAUUGUGCAAUCACUCGUUCCUCCCCAUGACAUUGCGAAUGCAAUUGGAGCCCUGACAAUUUUCCAAGACCUCGGAAUGGUGAUGUUUCUCGCAGUUUCAGGUGCUCUGUUCCAAAAUUUUGCUCUCCAGAAUGUUGGAAGUGUUCUUCCCGACCUUUCACCCGACAAAAUCAAAGAUUUAGUAGCCGGGACAAGCAGUCCUACCUUCAAAGGUUUGAGCGAGGAGGCAAAGAGCCUAGUGAUUCCGCAAAUUGCUGUAGCCAUGCGUUCUGUCUGGUUACUCUUCCUUGUGGGAGCAGCACUGAGUUUUUUGCUUUCACUAAGCCUUGGAAAGCAUAAACUCACCAUCACCGGAACAGGACCACAUUUCUGA